UGUUUGCCUGCCUUGCCAAAAACACCUUGGAAAGUCCCCUCUGAUCCCCUAUUAGUGCGCAUAACAAAGAAAAUCCAAUUCCAUCUCAAAAAACGUAGUUAUCCAUUAAACCACAUCGCAAAAGCAAUGGUCUACACCAAUCGUACCGAGAAAUGCAUUUCCCAAGAUAAAGGCUGCGAGAAGCCAAGCUCCAAAUUCCAGAGCUCGAGUUCCCACAGUUAUAGCAGCACAAGUGGCAGCAGCAGCAGCAGCAGCACCAGUGUAUCAAAAUACGCCAAUAACAAUCCCUGGUCAAAGAGUGCCUCGGAUGCGGACAAAUGGAAGUACAACAACAUGGUGCGUGACAACCGUGAUCACUUCAACAGCAUGCAUUUCUGUUAGUGAGACUAUGCUGAUGCACGCCUUACAUCCACCAAAAUUACAUUUACAUUUAGUUCGUUAACACUUAGAUUUUCUAAUAGUUUAGUUUUAGUUUGUGAUGUUAACUACCCCAUGUCCAUCCAACUUCCACCUCCCCCCCUUUACGGUUUAGUAUUAUUUGAGAAAAUUUUGUUUGUUUUCAAAAUUAUUCUUGUAGUUUUGUUUUUUCAAUGUUAUGGUUUUACAAUAAAAAAAAGGUGUUAAAAUGAAAAA